ACUUUAAUGGUAAUCUGAAGUUGCUGUCUAUAAAUAUGGUGCAUAUCAAAUUCUAAAUCUAAACACCAAACAUGGAGAAUCUUGGCAUCUUAACUGCACUGUUUUUCCUCUUCUCCUCCUCCACUUCCCUUCACCCGUCUUCUCAGACUAAUCUCCAAAACCAUUGCCUUGAUGACCAGAGGUCUGCUCUCCUACAAUUGCAGCAUCAUCUCUACUAUGCCCCAAACUUCACUUUUUCUUCCAAACUUGAGCUCUGGGAUCCCAACACCCAAUGUUGCUCUUGGAAAGGAGUUACAUGUGAUGCUCUUGGUCAUGUCAUUGGGAUUGAUCUCAGUUACCAAAACCUUUCAGGUAGCUUUUACUCCAUUUUCAAUCUCCACCAUCUCCAACGCCUUAAUCUUGCUGGAAACAAUUUUAAUACCACUCUGUUUCAGUAUGGGUUUGGCAAACUCCCAAAUUUAACUCAUCUUGACCUCUCGGCCUCAUGUUUUCAUGACCAAAUUCCGGUAGGGAUUUCAUACUUAACAAGGUUAGUCUCUCUUAACCUAUCCUAUCAAGAUGAUUGCUAUUGGAGAAAUGAUCAAAGUUCUGCUUCAUUGGAACUAGAGAAACCGAACUUCAAAAUAUUGAUAAAGAAAAUGAGGUCUCUCAGAGAGUUGUAUUUGGAUGGAGUGAAUAUUUCAAGUCAAAGUAGUGAAUGGUGCGAAACCACAUCGCUGUCACUUCCCAAGCUGAGUGUUUUAAGCAUGUCCAACUGCGAUUUGAAUGGGCAUUUUCCAGCAGAAUUUUUCUUAUUGCCCAAAAUGCAAAGAAUUGAUAUUUCUGACAACUCUCGUCUCAUGGGCCAAUUGCCAGAAUUUCCAAUUAACCACACUUUGGAGGUGUUGUCAUUGCAAUAUACUAAUUUCAGUGGUAAAUUACCGGAAUCAGUCAGUAAUCUUAAAUUGUUGAGAGUUUUAACUCUUUCUAAACUUAGCCUCAACUUUAACUCAAUUUCUGGGUCCAUUCCACCAUCAAUCGCAAAUCUCAGUAACCUUGUGGAAUUGGAUCUUAGUGGUAACAAUUUCAAUGGUUUAAUCCCUCCAUUUCAUAGAUCUGGAGUGCCAAAUCUUGCAUAUCUUGAUUUGUCUAGGAAUCGCCUUUCUGGAUCAAUACCUUCUUCUUUAUUUACUCUUUCAACACUGCAAACCCUCUCUCUUGGAUACAACAGCUUUAGUGAUUACCAAUUAAAGCUCGACAUGUUUUUCCAGCUCAACAACUUAAGGUUUCUCGACCUAUCCAACAUGACUUUGCUAAUUGGAAGCCACAACAAAAGCCUUACUUUUCCCCAAUUAGAGGGUCUAGCCCUAAGGUCAUGCAACCUUACUGAAUUUCCAGAAUUCAUCAAAAGCCAAAACAAAUUAACUUCCCUACAUCUUUCUAACAACCGAAUCCACGGUCUUAUUCCAAAUUGGUUGUGGAAGACCACUCUUAUAUGGGUAGACCUUUCUUCCAAUAGGAUUGAUAUUCCAAAUCAGAUUGCUUUUGAUGAUGCAAUUUCCUCCUUUCCAAUGCUGAGAUGGUUGCAUUUGCAAUCCUGUAAUAUAAGUACAUUUCCAGCAUUUCUAAAGAGUCAAGAGAGCUUAGAAGAUCUUGACCUUUCAAAUAACAAAAUAAGUGGGGCAGUACCAAAUUGGGUGUGGAAGAAAAGUUUGCAGUCUUUGAAUCUUUCCAACAACUCUCUCACAUCUUUGGACCAAUUUUCAUCGAACCAAGACUCUUUACGAGCACCUAUUUGUAAUUUGAGUCAACUUCAGAGUUUUGAUGCAUCCUUCAACAAAUUAAGUGGCUCAAUUCCAAGCUGCUUAGGAAAUAUCAAUACUCUGAGCUUUUUAUAUCUACAGCAAAAUAAUUUUAGUGGCAGCAUACCAGAUUUUGGAGGAGCAACCCAACUGUACGCUCUUAAACUAAAAGACAAUAAAUUGGAAGGGAAGUUGCCGAGGUCAUUAGCCAAUUGCACAAUGCUCUAUGCUGUAAACCUUGGAAACAAUACUCUGCACGACACAUUCCCUUUAUGGUUGGGAAAGUUGCCUGGCUUGAUGGUUCUUAUACUACGAGCAAACAGGUUUUAUGGUCCAAUUAAACAUUUGGAAAAUAAUUUUCCAAAAUUGGAUGUAUUAGACAUUGCUUCCAAUAAUUUUUCUGGUCAACUAGCGAUUGAAUUCUUCCAAGCCACUCAUAAGCUAAGGUCACUCAAAAUCAACGGGAACAACUUGGAAGGGAAGUUGCCAAGGUCAUUAGCCAAUUGCAAAAAGCUUGAAGUUUUGGAUCUUGGGAAAAAUAUGAUACAUGACACAUUUCCUUACUGGUUAGUGAAACUGCCUCUCUUGAAGGUUCUUAUACUAAGAUCCAACAGAUUUUAUGGUUCGAUUAAAUUUUUCGAAGAUGGAAAUGCUUUCCCAAUGUUACAUAUACUGGAUCUCGCUUACAAUAACUUUUCAGGUGAGGUAUCUGUUGAUUUUUUUCAAUCUUUGAGGGGAAUGAUGGUGAUUGAUGGCAACAAAGUUAAGCCAAGUUAUGUUGGAGAUAAUUAUUAUUAUAAAGAUUCGGUGACAAUUGUGAAUAGAGGGUUUGAAAUUUUUUACCAGAAAAUCUUAACCCUCCUUACCUGUCUCGACCUGUCCAAUAAUAACUUUCAUGGGAGGGUAUUAGAAGAAGUACAAGACCUCAAGUCACUCCAUGUGCUAAACUUGUCCUACAACGGCUUAUUUGGCCCCAUUCCUUCAGCACUAGGAAGCUUAACCGAGCUUGAGUCAUUGGAUCUCUCCCGAAACAGUUUCUCUGGAAAGAUUCCUCCACAGCUUACAAGCCUAACUUUUCUUGCAGUGCUGAAUCUCUCUUACAACCAACUUGAUGGAAGGAUUCCAGAGAGCAACCAAUUUGGUACAUUUUCAAAUGAUUCUUACAUAGGAAACCCAAGAUUGUGUGGGGUUCCCUUGACAAGGAAAUGCAAUGAAGUUGGUUCCAAAAUGCUGCCCCCGAAGGAGGAUGAAGAUUUGUGGAUAGAUGGUUUAUCUGUUUGGAAAGUUGUAUUGAUGGGGUAUGGAUGUGGAUUGGUGAUUGGAUUUUCUAUUGGAUAUACAGUGCUGAAUGAGUUUAGAAACAAAUGGAUUGCUAUUUUUAUUCAGAACUGGAAUCAGAAACGAAGAAGAUCUAAGUGACUCCAUCGAAACUGAAGUUCCAACGUUAUUUGUGUAGGAAACUAGAAUUUUCGUAAGAGUUGCUGGAAGUACCGUUGGAUUUUCUUAGCGAUCCACAAAGGGGAUAGGUGAAAGAGAGAGUAAUGCAAAGAUGGGUCCAAGAUUAGAAUGGAUGUUUUGUUCAUAUACUGGUUUCAUAGUCUUGGUGGAGAUGAAGACAGAUAUAACUGUGAAUCUUUCUCGAUCGAGGCUUCUGAUCCAAGUGGCCCUUUUUCUUGAAUUUGGAGGUCUUUGAAGGGUUGUAUUCAUAUGGGUGUCGGAUAUUGGUAUUUACUAACGGAAAUGUAGAUUCAAGAUCUUUGUUUCUUGUUUUUUUCUUGAAUAAUUUUAUUAAGUAGUUAUUAAUUGGAUUCCCAUUGCAAUUGUAAUAGGUUUUUGUUCAUUUGUUGAAUUGUGGUUUUUACUGUAACUUCUGAUCUAAUUGCUGCAGUGAUUUGAUCUUUUUGAACAGUUCAAUAACUUGUAUGGAUGCCAUCAGUCUUUUCCUGAAGGUUCGAUAAGAGCUACUGAUGUGACGAUUGCUAGCAAGGAUGCUGUUCUUCUGUGGUUAUGGUGAUCUUCCUAGCUUUGUUAUGCCGUGGUGGUUCGGGAACCAGGUGAUGGCCCAACUCAAGCCGUGGAAGGAGAAGGCAAGCAGGAAUAGAGGAGUAAGUAGCAUAGGAAGAGAGGAUGAAGAUAGGAGUCCAAACAUACGAAUGAUAUUGGUUGUAUGUUGAUAUACUUUUUAGUGAACUUUCUCGACUCCCAUAGAUUGUGGGUAAAAUCUUCUUUUGGCCUGGUUAUUCAUCAAAAUAUCCCAAGACAAAAUAUUUGACGAGGUCUUUAUAUUAACUUUUCAUAUAAAUUAUAGGUAAAGGAGAAGAAUACAACGAUGACUCCAAAGGCAUACUUGCAAUGAUCCAUACAACUCAAGCCAUCUCUUUGCUUUCUUAUGACUUCUUAAAUGUUAGAUUUGUACUGGGACUCUAUUUGUCUUGGGAUUCUAUCUAGUUUAAGAGAAAUUUUAUAAAUAA